AUGAAUCAAUCUCAAAUCGAUCUCUAUUUAUUAUGCACACUAAUUUACACAAUUGUAAUAAGUUUGGUUACUCUGGCAAUCAAUUUUGUCCCACAUUUAUCGAGAGAUUUCUCAAGGCAUGAGGAAAAUGUGAGUUUGAAAUGCAAAGAAAGACGGCUGGUUCUUAGAGACAGGGCUCAAUUUACUAUUAAAAAUCUUUCAGAGAAGCUCCAAGUGCGAUGCUUAGAUUCUGAUGAAAAUUGAGACAAAUUUAGAAUAACUUCUUCUAAUAUAAGGCAUAAGUGAGGUCCCUAGCUCGCGCUUUGCAGAAAUGACCGAUAUUUUUAGACUGAAAGUUGGCAAAAAUGUAAUACUUUUUUGGCGAAUUUUGACAAGGAACUUCACUCUUAUUUCUGCCGUAUGGAGCAGUUUCCAGUAAAAAUCAUUUUUUUAUGCGUAUCUGGUAAAGAUGCGGAAGAAAAGCGUUUUUAUUCUUGACCACACUCCACGUAUUGCGUACUCUUUUCGUCUCAAAUUUAUCAUGGAAUAUUUUGACGGCUAUAGCGCGCUAAAACUUAUAGGCGUUGUAACGUGAUCCAAGUCAAUUAGCAAGACAGCGUCACACUUCGAACAUGUCCCUUAAAUAUUCUAAAAAAAUUAGUCCCAGAUUUGCAUAUUUUUUUAUCCGUGAGCUAAAAAUGUUGACCUAGAAAAGCUUAAUUUUAGCUUGCAAUGUUGAGGCGAAGCUGCCUCAAAAUUUAAAUGUCAUACCAAUAAUGACUACAAACUUUCAGGGGAAUUUUAUCUUGUUUUUCCAAAUAGUCGUAAGUAUUGCGGCGGUUCUCGACUUUUUCACAAAUGCCAUUCGUUACUACCGCCGGCAUUCACUCAAUUUCACAAAGCCCAAGUGGUCUACAUUGGUGGCUCGUAGGUCGGGAGACUGCAAUGUAUCUAACUCCAAUUUCAGACAUUGUUCCGACCGUUGCAUCGAUAGCGUUAUGUGUGACGUUCGUAUGCAUCUAUUUUGAUGGUGAUCCAUUUAUGAUCAAGUUCUUUGUUUGGUCAUUGCUUCUAUUUCUCUUGAAUAUGAGUCAAAUCUCAGUUUUGGUUCUGCGAUAUUUGCUACAUUAA